AGAGGCUCACGCCUGUGACUCAGCUCAGUAGCCUCUUCUCUACUCGGACGGUGGCUGUGUGUGGCGGAUAAUUAUAUACUUGUUGAUUUUUCCAGUAUUUAUCUAAUUUUGCUUCAAACUUUUCCGCCAUCUCCACAUUCACUACUCACUCAGCUCGGAGAAUUUUUACCAUGACAACCAUCAAAGAAGAAAGCUCCAAUAAGGCUUUUGGUGGAUGGCAGAAAGUCUACUCUCAUGAUAGUAAAGAACUUGGAUGCCACAUGAAGUUUGGAGUGUUCAUUCCCCCACAGGCAGAUUCGGAACAGGUACCUGUGGUAUAUUGGUUGUCUGGGCUGUGCUGCACUGAGCAGAAUUUUAUCACCAAGUCUGGAUCUCAGCAGCAUGCAGCCAAGCACGGUUUACUUGUGGUGGCCCCUGAUACUAGUCCCAGGGGUUGUAACAUUGAAGGAGAAGAAGACAGUUGGGACUUUGGCACUGGUGCUGGCUUUUAUGUUGAUGCCACCGAGGAGAAGUGGAAAACAAACUACCGCAUGUACUCAUAUGUCACCAAGGAACUCCCUGCUGUUAUUGCUGCUAAUUUUAAAGUGGAUAGUGAUAAAGCUGGCAUAAUGGGACAUAGCAUGGGCGGUCAUGGUGCUUUGAUUUGUGCCUUCAAGAAUCCUGGCCAGUACAAAUCUGUAUCAGCUUUUGCCCCAAUCUGCAACCCAGUCAAUUGUCCUUGGGGAGUUAAAGCUUUCACUGGCUAUCUUGGUGCUGAUAACAAGGAUGCCUGGAAGACAUAUGAUGCUUGUGAUCUGGCCAAGAAUUACAAUGGUCCCCCCCUGGAGGUGAUGGUAGAUCAGGGCAAAGCAGAUAACUUCCUAACACAAGGCCAGCUACUUCCUGACAACUUGGUUGCUGCCUGUGCUAAUGGAGGAGUUCCAAUAGUCAUGCGUAUGGAUGAAGACUAUGACCAUUCAUAUUACUUCAUAUCAUCUUUCAUAGGGGAUCAUUUUGACCACCAUGCAAAGUUCCUGAAGGACUGAGUUCAGAGUUAGCUAUUCAUAUUAGAAUUUUUUUUUUUUUGGUUAUAGAAUUACUGCCAAAUCUUGGGAACCAUUUGCUUGAUCAGUGAAUAUUUUUUCUCUAAUAAAAUGUUUUCCCAAA